CUUCCGAAAAUGUUAAGAUGUCACUCAGCUGAUUAUGUCCCGGCGUCACAAAUUUUACCCGACUUGUACUUUUGCUGUUUGUCAAAUUCUCGCGAUUAUCAAAACGAUUCUUCACAGGAAAAAAUGUUGAAAUUAACAAAAUUUAUAACACAAAAUGUUUCGGCAUUAAUAUUAGCAAGCGGUGUUCGUUCUGCUAGUUUCUCUGCCUUGAAGUACUCCAAUGCGACAGCAGCUGCGGCUGCUGGUGUUAACUCCAAUGUUUCCACAAAUGCCGAUGAACCCAUUGAAAUGUCAAAUCCCUUCGAAAAGGAACGCAAAGUUUGCAUUCUUUGCAAGCACAAUAUAAUUCCCGACUACAAAAACAUUAAAUUGCUGUCACAAUUCCAAUCGCCAUACACGGGGAGAAUUUAUGGUCGCCACAUUACCGGAUUAUGUAAACAAAAGCAAGCAGAUGUGGAGAAAGCCAUACGCAGGGCCCAACAUUGUGCUUUGAUGCCAACAUACCACAAGGACUUAGAUUUCAUGAAGGAUCCCAAAUUGUUCGAUCCAGAAAAGCCCAUACGGCCACAUAAGUAUUAGGCGGCAGCGGCGACAUCGUAGAGGCACUUAACAUUUCAUAUUGAUUUUGUUUUGGUUUUUUGUUUAUAUUCGUGGUGUGAAAAUACACAGUCACAUGCUUUAAUCUAUUA